CACCCCACGUGGUUGGAGGUUUCCAGAAACGCUGCCUCCACGGUGCUGCGCAGCUCCGGGCCUGCGGGGUGGUUGCUUCGCAUCUCGCGCUCCAUCCGUCCAGCCACCAUGAUAAGCGCCAGCCGAUCCGCAGCAGCCCGUCUCGUGGGCGCCGCAGCCUCCCGAGGCCCCACGGCCGCCCGCCACCAGGAUGGCUGGAAUGGCCUUAGUCAUGAGGCUUUUAGAUUUGUUUCCAGGAGGGAUUAUGCGUCCGAAGCAAUCAAGGGUGCAGUGGUUGGUAUUGAUUUGGGUACUACCAACUCCUGUGUGGCAGUUAUGGAGGGCAAACAAGCAAAGGUGCUGGAAAAUGCUGAAGGUGCCAGAACCACCCCUUCCGUUGUUGCCUUUACAGCAGAUGGUGAACGCCUUGUUGGCAUGCCAGCAAAGCGACAAGCUGUCACCAACCCAAACAAUACAUUCUAUGCCACCAAACGUCUCAUUGGCCGGCGAUAUGAUGACCCUGAAGUACAGAAAGACCUGAAGAACGUUCCUUUUAAAAUUGUCCGUGCCUCUAAUGGUGAUGCCUGGGUUGAGGCUCAUGGAAAACUCUAUUCUCCAAGUCAAAUUGGAGCAUUUGUGUUGAUGAAGAUGAAAGAAACUGCAGAAAAUUAUUUGGGACAUGCAGCAAAAAAUGCUGUUAUCACCGUCCCUGCUUAUUUUAAUGAUUCUCAGAGACAGGCCACUAAGGAUGCUGGCCAGAUAUCAGGGCUAAAUGUGCUUCGGGUGAUUAAUGAACCCACAGCUGCUGCUCUAGCCUAUGGUCUAGACAAAUCUGAAGACAAAGUCAUUGCUGUGUAUGAUUUAGGUGGUGGAACUUUUGAUAUUUCUGUCCUGGAAAUUCAGAAAGGAGUAUUUGAGGUGAAAUCCACCAAUGGGGAUACUUUCUUAGGUGGUGAAGACUUUGACCAGGCUUUGUUACGACACAUUGUAAAGGAGUUCAAGAGAGAGACGGGGGUUGAUUUGACCAAAGAUAACAUGGCACUUCAGAGGGUACGGGAAGCUGCUGAAAAGGCUAAGUGUGAACUCUCUUCAUCUGUGCAGACUGACAUCAACUUGCCAUAUCUCACUAUGGAUGCUUCUGGACCUAAGCAUUUGAAUAUGAAACUGACACGGGCUCAAUUUGAGGGAAUCGUCACUGAUCUUAUCAAGAGGACUAUUGCUCCAUGCCAGAAAGCUAUGCAGGAUGCCGAAGUCACCAAGAGUGACAUAGGAGAAGUGAUUCUUGUUGGUGGCAUGACCAGGAUGCCUAAGGUUCAGCAAACUGUGCAAGAUCUUUUUGGCCGAGCCCCAAGUAAAGCUGUUAAUCCUGAUGAGGCUGUGGCCAUUGGAGCUGCCAUCCAGGGCGGUGUGCUAGCUGGUGAUGUCACAGAUGUGCUGCUCCUGGAUGUCACUCCCCUGUCUCUAGGUAUUGAGACUCUAGGAGGUGUGUUUACCAAACUUAUUAACAGGAAUACCACCAUUCCAACCAAAAAGAGCCAGGUGUUUUCAACUGCUGCUGAUGGACAGACUCAAGUGGAGAUUAAAGUAUGUCAGGGUGAGAGAGAGAUGGCUGGAGAUAACAAACUUCUUGGUCAGUUUACUUUGAUUGGAAUUCCUCCAGCCCCUCGUGGAGUUCCUCAGAUUGAAGUUACAUUUGACAUUGAUGCCAAUGGAAUUGUACAUGUUUCUGCCAAAGAUAAAGGCACAGGACGGGAACAGCAGAUUGUAAUCCAGUCUUCUGGUGGGUUAAGCAAAGAUGAUAUUGAAAAUAUGGUUAAAAAUGCAGAGAAGUAUGCAGAGGAAGACCGUCGAAAGAAGGAACGAGUUGAAGCAGUUAACAUGGCUGAAGGAAUUAUUCAUGACACAGAAACUAAGAUGGAAGAAUUCAAAGACCAACUGCCUGCUGAUGAGUGCAACAAGCUAAAAGAAGAAAUAUCCAAAAUGAGGGAGCUCUUGGCUCGAAAAGACAGUGAAACAGGAGAAAACAUUAGGCAGGCAGCAUCUUCCCUUCAGCAAGCAUCACUGAAGCUCUUCGAAAUGGCUUACAAAAAGAUGGCAUCUGAACGAGAAGGCUCUGGAAGUUCUGGCACUGGGGAACAAAAGGAAGAUCAAAAGGAGGAGAAGCAGUAAUAGUUGGAGUACACUUUGGAGUGGAGAGGACAGCAUUCUAUGAAGCUUGGGAGUGAAGGGACUUCUGAGCAGAAAUGGGCAAACUUCAGUCUUUUUACUGUGUUUUUGCAGUAUUCUAUAUAUAAUUUCCUUAAUGUAAAUUUAGUGUUAAUUAGCUAAUCAUUAAUGAGUGAUAAAUGCAACAGUAGAAAGUUCACAAUGUUUUGUCUCUAGCCUGUCAUUUUUAAGCAUGUAAGGGGAUAGGGAGACAACUUUUUGAUCACUAUAACGAUCAGUUUUUGCUGAAGUGGACAUAUUUUCAAGAGGUGAAAACAUUUCACAGAAUGAAGGUAGUCUGCUAUGCCAUGUACCUAGCAUGCAUGAGACCAUAUGGAGGUUGAGAUCCUUUCAGUUGGCCAAAAGUGAUACUGUAAUGAAAAUGAAAUGUAAAUGGUCCUUCAACUGAGGCCUUGUAAGGCAAAGUCAGCUAGCUAUGCCACGUUUGUAGGUGCUGAAGCUAGGUCAAUGGAAAACUAAGCUAUUUAUGUUAGGUUAUAGCUUUUAAAACUAAGGUAGUAAUGAAGUUCUGAAUGUUCCCAAGGCUUACUUUUCUAGCUCUUCUCUUGGCCUGUGUCUGGCACCUACAUCCUGGAUGAUUGUUCUUUUGAUCCAUUCUGGAUUUUUUUUUUAAAUAAAUAAAUUUGAAAAGCAUCUUGA